AUGGGAGACCUGAAGUCGGGUUUUGAAGAGGUGGAUGGCGUGAGGCUCGGCUACCUCAUCAUUAAAGGAAAGCAAAUGUUUGCACUCUCUCAGGUUUUUACAGACCUGCUCAAAAACAUCCCGCGAACUACCGUGCACAAGCGAAUGGAUCAUUUAAAAGUAAAAAAGCACCACUGCGACCUGGAGGAGUUGAGGAAACUCAAAGCCAUCAACUCCAUCGCUUUCCACGCUGCCAAAUGCACCCUGAUCUCCAGAGAGGACGUGGAAGCUCUUUACACAUCCUGCAAAACCGAACGGGUCCUUAAGACGAAACGGAGGAAAAUAAGCCGGGCGCUGUCAACCGCCGACCUCCGGCCGGACCUCGCACCCACCGACCCCUUUUCAGGCUUCUGGAAGGAGAACAAACUUUGGCUGGGUUUGAAUGACUCUCCCCGGCCCCUGCUGCCCGUCAGGAGGAAAGCCUUGCGUCCGGGGGACACAGCCUUGCUACCGGCCUCUCAUCUACCUCACAUUUUUAGUAAAUACACUGGCCACAGCUACCCAGAAAUCAUUCGGGCGCCUUGCAAAUCCCCCGUAAACUAUGAAACGGCGGCGGGCAGCUGCGCGCCCCUCCGCGUCCGCCGCCCGCCCGCCGCCGCGGCGCGGCUCCCGGCCGCCGGAUCCCCGCCCCCGCCCGCCCGCUGCCGCCGCCGCCGCCACCACGGGGCGGCCGCCGCCGCCGCAGCGCUGGGCCCUCCCGGCGGCGCCCGGCGGCCCCUGGCCCCUCCGCGGCCCUGCCGGCCCCGCGGAGCUCCACGGCUGCCUUUGCCGCUGCCCCGUGGCUUCGGGCCUCCGCCUCCCGCCUUCCCCGAGAGCGGCAGCAGCGACUCGGAGUCCAGCUGCUGCUCCGGCCGCGCCGCCCACGACUCGGACUGCGGCUCCAGCCUCUCCAGCUCCAGCGAGGGCAGCUCGGAGGAGGAGGACGAGGAGGAAGAUGACGAAGAGGGCAGCGGCGCCUCGGACUCCAGCGAGGGCAGCUCUGAGGAGGAGGAGGAGGAGGAGGAAGAGGAGGAGGAAGAGGAGGAGGAGGAGGACAGCACCUCGGACUCCGACUCCAGCUCGGUCUCCAGCCAGGUCUCCGUGCAAAGCAUCCGUUUCAGGCGCACCAGCUUCUGCAGUCCGCCCGGCGUGGUCCACGCCAACUUCUUGUACUAUCUGGCGGCCGCGGCCGCGCCCCGGCCCCCGGCCCCAGCCCCGGCGGAGCCCGGCGGGCUGCCCGCCCUCCGGGGCUCUCCUAGCGGAGUCAAGCCGGAGCUGCCGGAGGAAUGGGGCCGACCCGGCUGGGCUCCCGCCGCCCAGGCGCUGCGCUGCUCCGGCGGCCUGGGGAGCUGCUUCGCGGAGAUAAGAGAAGAUAGGGUAUCCGAGAUCACAUUCCCACACUCUGAAUUUUCCAAUAAUGCCAAGAGUACUGACCUAACAAUUAACUGUGUUGCAAAGGGGGCCUCUUCACCUAGCCCAAAGACAAACAAUGCAUUUCCACAACAAAGAAUACUCAGAGAGGCAAGGAAAUGCCUUCAAGCAACUACUACACACCGUGCAGAUAACAAUACAAUAGCUUCUAGGUUCUUAAAUAAUGAUUCUUCAUCAGCGGCAGCAAAUUCAGAGAAAGAUUCCAAAAUCCCUCAUUGUAUUGAAUUUGCCACGGAUUUGCCCUCUUUACAAACUGAUCCUGAGGAGGAUGCUGCUUCUCCAGGGGCAGCAGAAGCAGCUGAGCUCCAGUGCACUGAUACAGGCAAUAAAGCAUUGCCACUCCUGCAAAGCAUUAAAAUCAAAAUAGAGGACAGCAGUACGAACGACGAGUAUGAGCCUGACCUUACAACACAUAAGCUAAAGUGUGAGUGCAAUGAUACUAAGGAUGAGUUUUACAGUGUGACUGAGAGUAAUAACCAGGACGCUUUAUUAACAGCCAAGGAAGAUUCUGCAUGCACUGAGAAAGAUACCACUUCCUUAAACCCUCUGACUCAGAGUCAGGUCCUCUCAUGCACUUUAGGUACUCCAAAACCUGAGGAUGGGGAGUAUAAAUUUGGAGCAAGGGUGAGAAAAAAUUACAGGACACUGGUUUUGGGAAAGCGACCUGUACUGCAGACUCCUCCAGUCAAACCAAACUUGAAAUCAGCUCGAAGUCCACGUCCUACAGGUAAAAUCGAGACACAUGAAGGAACACUGGAUGAUUUUACAGUUAACAAUAGACGCAAAAGGGUAGCCAGCAAUGUAGCAUCAGCAGUGAAAAGGCCAUUUAAUUUAAUGGCAAAUUUUCCCUGUCCACCAUCACUAAUUAUUGGCAAUGAUGGGGAUUUGUUGCCAGCUUAUUCCUUAAACACCACUAAGGAUUCCCAACCACCUCAAAAGGCCCAUCCUGUAUGGAAAUGGCAGCUGGGCGGUUCUGCAAUACCUCUUCCACCUAGCCACAAAUUCAGGAAAUUUAAUUAAUAAAAUAGUUUGGAAAAUAUUUUCUUGAUCCACCUUUAACUUUCUUACAUUUUUUAAACUCUGCAGGAUGGUUUGUACAAGCCCGUUAAUGCUAUA